ACACACGCACGCACACCUCCCUGCAUGUGAUUAAAUGUCUUGAAAUCUGCUUCUGAUUUCCUCGGGGAGUUGACUUUUCCCUUCUUUUCAACCCCUGGAUUUAUUGAAACCUUUUUACUCCGCUUCAAGGCAGCAGCCGGGGCUCAGUUUCUCCACUCUUGCCUAUUUUUUCCCCUCCCUCCCCCCCCUUUUUUUCCUCCCCUCCGUCCCUCCCAGCAGCAGACCUUGGGCAGCUCAGUGAGAUGCAGGAGGGAGGAGGAGUGGAGCCGCUCGAGCAGCCCUGAGACUCGAGGAUCGCGCGGAGGGCGGCAGUUACCUCCCGUGGGGGCUUGGGCAGAGGGUGGCUUAUGCCAGUUUUUGCAAGCAGCGAGUCCAGCAGAAACGCCCCCGAUUUUUUCCCCCGGUUCCUGUCUCCGUUAGAGGGGUUUGGGGCUCGGGGAUUACCGCCCGCGGCAUCGCUCCCGGCGCGGGCGUUACGGGAGGCUCUUGUACCUGCGCUCGUCACAGGAGGAUUUGGCUUCUGUGCCGUGCCUCGGAGCGUUCUCCUUGGGAAGGAUGGAUCUGCCGCAGCUCUUGAGACUCCUUCUCACUGCCUGUGUGUUUGGCCUGACCCAGACAGUUAACCCCUUUGUAGGUCAGCAGACUCCCCCUGACCCAUGCUAUGAUGAGAACGGUGCCCCUCGGCGCUGCAUCCCUGAGUUUGUCAAUGCUGCAUUUGGAAAGGAAGUGCAGGCCUCCAGCACAUGCGGGAAGCCCCCCACUCGCCACUGCAAUGCAUCAGACCCUCGCAAGGCACACCCACCCUCCUACCUCACUGAUCUGAACACUGCUGCCAACAUGACCUGCUGGCGCUCUGAGAUGCUCCACCACUCACCACAAAACAUCACCCUUACUCUCUCCCUGGGCAAGAAGUUUGAGGUGGUUUAUGUGAGCCUGCAGUUUUGCUCCCCUCGUCCUGAAUCAACAGCCAUUUUUAAAUCUAUGGAUUAUGGCAAAACCUGGGUGCCUUACCAGUAUUACUCCUCCCAGUGCCGUAAGAUCUAUGGCAAGCCCAACAAAGCCACUGUCACCAAACAGAAUGAGCAGGAGGCACUAUGCACUGAUGGGCAGACAGACCUCUAUCCGCUCACUGGGGGCCUCAUUGCCUUCAGCACCCUGGAUGGACGACCCUCUGCCCAAGACUUUGACAACAGUCCUGUGCUCCAGGACUGGGUGACAGCCACAGACAUCCGGGUCAUCUUCAGUCGUCCGCAUGUGUUCCGGGAUAAGGGAGGUCGAGACAAUGAUGAGGAGGAUGGUGGGACCAGUUCAUCUCCGUACUACUAUGCAGUGGGUGAGCUUCAGGUCGGAGGCCGAUGCAAAUGUAAUGGGCAUGCCUCCCGUUGCGUGAAAGACAAGGAAGACAAGCUGGUCUGUGACUGCAAGCACAACACUGAGGGCCCUGAGUGUGACCGCUGCAAACCCUUCCAUUAUGAUCGGCCAUGGCAGAGGGCCAACACCAGAGAGGCCAAUGAAUGCUUAGCCUGUAACUGUAACCUGCAUGCCCGGCGCUGUCGCUUCAACAUGGAGCUCUACAAACUCUCCGGGAGGAAGAGCGGAGGUGUCUGCCUUAACUGUCGGCACAACACCGCGGGCCGCCACUGCCAUUAUUGCAAGGAAGGUUUCUACCGGGACCUGAGCAAAUCCAUCACUGACCGCAAGGCCUGCAAAGCUUGUGAUUGUCACCCUGUUGGUGCAGCUGGUAAAACCUGCAACCAGACCACGGGGCAGUGCCCAUGCAAAGACGGAGUGACGGGACUCACCUGCAAUCGCUGUGCUAAGGGCUACCAGCAAAGUCGUUCACCAGUUGCUCCAUGCAUCAAGAUUCCUGCCAUCAACCCAACCUCCAUGGUUACCAGCACAGAAGAGCCUGCAGACUGUGACUCGUACUGCAAACCAGCCAAAGGCAAUUACAAGAUCAAUCUGAAAAAGUACUGCAAGAAGGAUUAUGUCGUCCAAGUGAAUGUCCUAGAAAUGGAGACCGUGGCAAACUGGGCCAAGUUCACUAUCAACAUCCUCUCAGUCUACAAGUGCCGCGAUGAGCGGGUGAAGCGAGGUGACAACUUCCUGUGGAUCCACAUGAAAGACUUGGCAUGCAAAUGCCCCAAGAUUCAGAUCAGCAAGAAGUACCUGGUCAUGGGAAUCAGUGAAAACUCCACUGACCGGCCAGGACUAAUGGCCGACAAGAAUAGCUUGGUCAUCCAGUGGCGGGAUGCUUGGACCCGGCGCCUCCGGAAACUGCAGCGGCGGGAGAAGAAGGGGAAGUGCGUGAAACCAUGAUUGGUUUUGUGUCUGUCCCUUAUGGAAGCCCCUGCCCUUUUCCCAUGCUCCAGACUGCUUCCCAGAGACUCUGUAUAUAUAUAUAGUGUGAAUGGACUCUCCUGUCUAUAGUGUAUAUUUUGGCAAUGAUUUCCCUCUGUGCAUGUAUGUACAUGUGUGUGUGUGCAUGGGUGGGCUUUUUCCCUUAACGUUUAUUAAAAAUAACACAAUAACGACAAACCUUUAAUGAGGAGCAAAGUGGAAGAAGACGCUGGUGGCGCCCAUUGUGUGAAGAAGCAUGGAGGAAAUGAGUCUAUCUGGGCACCUCCCAAGUUUGUAUGUCUCCUUAUUUCUGACCUCUUUUCCCUUUCAGUGAGGAGCUUGCCUCUCACUGCUGCUUCUGGUGUCUGAGUGUGAAGUCUCAACGCUUUGUUCUCCUUGCUCAGUGUUAGCCUCAUAGGAUUGCAGUAGUCUCAGCUCUGCAGUCCAUUUCCACAGCCUAUGAAAAUGGCCCACUUUGAGUUUCCUAUUCCCUCUGUGGUAGCUGCAGCAGAUCUACACUGAUCUAUGCCAGCUAAGGACCUGGCUUGACAUGCUGAUUUCAGAUCUUGGACUGCCUCUGCCUUUCUUUGUAGCCAGUAUAGUUGUUGGGUAAGGGUGGGGUCCAGGAAUGUUGUGGUUCAGAAUGGUGGCUCAUUAGUAGGCUUAUCUAAGGCCCUGGGCUGGCAGGCAGGGGAACUGUGGGUUAAGGCACUGUCAGAACUGCAUGGUGGAGAUCCAGUUAUUCAGGGUUAUGGUCCAUUGGCAGAACUCCUGGUAGACCCAGCACUGGACGACUGAUGUUGAGAAUUCCAUGCGCUGGACAUCCCACAGAUGCUGGAAAGGCAAGGGGGUGCAAAAAGGCAUGGUCAGUGUCCUGCAAGAGGGCUGGGAAGCCCAGAGAGCGACUCAGUGGGGUUCAGGCUGAGGCGUCCUGGCUGAACUGUGCUGGAUAAGCAUGACACACAUUUUGCUCCCAGCACAUAAUCCUGCCAGCCCCCCACUUGCCUUUGCAGUCAUGUGUGAAGCUGUCUAGACAGCCACUGCCCUGACCCUUAACACGUCCAGUCAUUAUAGACAUUCAUCCACCACCAUGGGGUGGGCUUGAGUCCCAUUCUCUUCUACUUCGCAGCACUAGUUCCCGGUAGCAGCACCAUCCACAUUACCUGAAGUUACCUGAGAAUGCUGGGACAUGGACAGCUCUUCUCAUUUUGCAAUCAGUGCAACCAUGCCCUUUAGUGGGACCCUGACUUUAUGGCAGGAGACUGAAUCUCCUUUCUCACUGACACCAAGUUUUACACCAGCCUGGCUCAUGUGACUUCCAUGAAGUGACUCCUGGUAUAGGUAUGAUCUAGACCAAACUCAGUGUGUUGGGUCCCAUGCAGUUUGCAGACUCACUCAGUUUGAAUAUGCAGUUUGAGUACCAAGGCCCAGAUUCUGAUCUCUUGUACAUCCAUAUAAAUGCAGGGUGCCAUCAGGCUUUUUGAAAGGCCUGUGAUGUGGUUUGUUAUUGUAAGAUUGCAAUUAAUGUCCACUUAGUUUCUAGAAAAUACUGCCUAAAAUAUUCUACCAGAACAACACUGAGCAGCCUGUGUGUCUCAGCUCCUCAAAGAUAUUUAGGAGCCUAAUCCCUACAGACUUCAGCAGGAGUUGGGGACCUUCAUGGGUAUCAGUGGUUGCAGGUCUCAGCUACAACAAGGCCCCUUCACUCCUCACUCAGUCCCCUGCCCUGUUUGCUAAUCCACAAGCAAAGCUGGUCCAAGUACCUGAUUGCUUCCUGAGCUGGUGAGAGCAAUAUCUUGCACUGUUGUUAGGGGUGGGGAGGACAGGAAUUGUAUUCCAGACGGUGUCUCAUUGAAUAUUAUGCAGGAAUCUGUGUCUCUACGCCUGUCCUGAGAAUGAUGCAUAGCUCUGAGUGCUCAGACAAUUCCGGCUACGAAACCACGGGUUGCUGGCAAUAUGGGAAUCACUCACAGUUUGCCUGAAAUUAGUAAUAGUAACAAUGGCCAAAAAUAACAAGAUCCUUUAUGGGUAACAUAGUUUUGACUUUGGCCUGUAACACACUUAUGGUACAGCAGGCUCUCGUUCCCCAAGCUGACUGGCAGUGGGGCUUUGGGCUGACAGUCUCACUACUGAACUUAAAUUUUAAAGGUAUUUUCUGUGCAAAAUGUUCAUGCGACAAAUAAGAACAGUGCAUGAACAAACUGAAUUAUCCCUCCCAGCCCCCUCAUGGUGCCUGUGUUCCUUGGGUGGCUGGGAGGGCACUAGUGAAACUGAUGAACUCCUUGCCCAAAAGUGGAGUUCUUAGGAAACUUGUCAGUGAAGAAAAAAAAACAGGGGUCAUCCACACCCCAAGUGUCUCGUCCUCCAACUGGCUGUGAUUUACAGGGCUCAGUCCCCCAUCCCCCUCAGCCUUUGUGCAACCUUUUUCAUUAGCAUGAAAUAGUAGUGCAAAACACAACCAAAUAAGAGUCCAGAUCCCCAGUUGAUGCAAACUGUCCUAUUAAAGCCAGUGGGACCUAUGCCGGUCUAUACCAGCUGAGACCCUGGACCAUGAAUGGUAGUAGUCUGCAUUGGUUUUGCACAAGUGUGAAUAGCUGUAAGGUAGAGGAGCAGGAGACCCGGGAGUUUUAUGAUGUGCCCCAUUGGCCCCACAGAAAUCAGAAGGGGUCUUUCUGCUGGCUUUAGUGGCCACUGGCUCAGGACCUGGUGCCAUGGUUUUUAUUUCCUCCAGGUCUUUGGGGAAGGGUCUAUGUGUAUGCAUGUGCAUUCAUGUGUGCUACUGCCUCUGAUCUGCAGGUAGCAGCAGGAGGAGGGGCAAAGACCCCCUCCAGGCAACCAUGAAAGUGAGCUACUAUCAUAAUAGCAGUUUAACUUUAAAAUUUUUGGAAACUGCAAAGGCAAAGCAAAAAAGGAGGGACUCUUUCCACUCCUGACAGCUGGUGUAUGAAUGUGCUUCUCAGAGGUAGCAGGCAUGUCUUUGCAUUCUCAUGCACUGAAUACCACUCAAGCUGAACUCUUGGGGAAGAAUUAAUGCCUGAGUAGAUGCAGCCUCAUACCAAGGGGCUGCUGAGUUCCACUCAAGCUCAGGUCUGACUCCAGUGCACAGGCUUCUUACUGUCCCUAUACACAGAGGUGAACAUCACAGGUAGAUUAUGUAAGUUGGUCCUUUCAGCUGCAGCCCAAGGGCCAAAUGCAGCCCUUGGCCUCAGGAAAUCCAGCUCACUGCUGCGUUCUCCCUGUUAUGGGAGGACAGCACAGAUCAGCUCCUGGAUUUUGAGGCUGGCAAACACAGAGUUAUUUCUCCUCAUGUUCUGCUAAAAUUUUAGGUGCAUGCAUAUCUAAACGUUGAGAUUCCCAGACCUCUAGGAGAUUUAGAUGGGAAUCCAAAAUGAAAGUCAUAUUAAAAUAACCUCAUCUGUCUGUGUGCCUUUACUUUUUAUUUAGAUAUAUGAACACACAUGGGCAAACUGAGUACUGUUUUCAGGCUCCUUGCAAGGUUGUCCUGAAGACUGCAAAGUUUGGGCACCCAUAAAGGUAUGACAUGGGCAAAGCACACUGCAAGAAGCCCUACCUCCUCAUCUCUCUGCUUCAGUUGUCUUUAGACCUGCAUGCUAUAAUUUGCAUAUCCUGUAAAUAUCUUCCUAAAUGCAACACAGCAAAAGAAUGGGGGAGAUGCUACAGACCAGGACGUCUCCAUGAAAUACUGUUGAAUAUGUAAAAAGAAACCCAACAAAUGUUAUGGAACAUAGUGUAACAUAUAUAAGAUAUGUACUUUUUCUUUUUUUAUUAUUAUUAUAUUAUUAUUAUUAUUAUUUUAAUAACACAAAUCUAAUAUGUCUUGCCUGUCUAACCCAGUGUUUUCUUUCCAUGAGACAAUUUAAGAUUGGAUUCUGUACUUAAGUUGACUGAUGGUGCUUCCUCCCCUCUGUAUUCCUCACCUAACCCAGGUGUUAGCACUGCUGACUUUCAUUCCAGUCUCUCCUGCUCUGCUUGGGAUGAGGCAAUCAGGAAAAAGAAUUUCCUCCAGAGCAUGUAAGAAGCUGUUCCAAGGACAGCAAAGAGUCAGAGGCUUUGACGAUAUAAAAGGGACAGAUGAGCUGGCUUCAAUGGUGCUGUGCCUAUUUAUCUAGCUGAGGUACCUUUCUUCUGUUAGGAACUUGUAGGAGCAAAGAUCAAAGCUAAAUGUAAAAGGGAUAUAAUCAAGAUAGAAGCCACAGGGCCUUGGGUCUUAUUCACUUGGGAUGCAAUUCCCCCAUGUGCACUUAGUGCAUAGCUUGUGCACUUAAGUACUGAAGUCCCACUUAAGUACUCAAAAUAGGGCUGAAAUUGGAUUGGCUGUCAGCGGUGCUUCUACCUUGGGCUAGCCUACAACACAGGAGAUGUCAGUCAGUCACUCUUAUAACUCCAUUUAUAUCAGUAAAUUUACAGCAGCAUAUGAGUGAAAACAAAACCUAACUCAAUGGGCCACAAGUGCUAUGGGAUAUAGCUUUAUUGAAAUUAAUGGCGUUGUGACAGUUUGCAUUGCUAGAAGAUUUGUCCCCAUGCCUUUAAAAUGACCUCUAUGUUCAUUAAUAGCACUACCAAUGAUUAAAAAUCACAGGUCUGAUUUCUGCUGAUGCAAAUGAGCACAACUCCAUUGGUUUCAGCAGAGCUACAGAGCUCAUGGAGGUAAACCAGCUGAGGAUCUGACUCAAAGAAUUUAUACUUGAGCAGAGCCCAUUUGUUUGGGCAGCAAAACUGUUCUAUUUCAAGCCAGUCCACUUCUCAGGCAGUGCUUUUGACUUUGGAUCCCAAAACUGCAAUGGAAGAUUUCAAUUUAAAAGGGUCUGUAUUUAUUGGAAUUAAACAAUUAUAGGAAAUAAAACUCCUUCUUUCAUCUUUUGACUUUGAAAAACCUCAAGUAAUAAUAAUAAUGCUUAGUAUUAUUAAUAUUAUUAUCAUUAUAUUUUUCCCAAAGCCUAACUUCGACAUUUCAAAUGUUUGAGGUUUGUUUCUUGAAAGAAAAAGUUCACAGCAAAAUAAAAAGAAUAUCAGCCCACA